AUGAUGUUUUGGUCCUCUAAAUCCGGAAUUAAUUCCAAAUAUUCCUUUUCAUCAUCGCCUACAUUCACAGCUGAUCCAUGGAGUGUUUACACUGGUAGACCUAAAUCAUCUAACAGUUCUUCCAGUCUCUCCAAAGUUUCUAUUUUCAUGUUUGAUAAGAAAAAAUAUGAGAACUACUUGCUUAACUAUGGUAUAAUCAAGUCGAAGCACUCAUCCCACGACAAACAGCUACUUGAAGAAGGUUACAAUAUUUUGAGAACCCAAGUGUCCAAUUUAGCGAAAUUGAAACAUCCAAAUAUUUUGGCUCUCAUAGAACCAUUAGAAGAACAUAGUAAGAACUUUCUCUUUGUUACAGAAUAUGUUACUGGAUCAUUAGAAUCUGUCUUCAAAUCUGAAGAUGACGAAGAGCAAGACUUUCUUAGAGGACACAUCAAAGAUGAUAUUAUCGUCCAUAGAGGUAUACUACAAAUUGUCCAAGGUCUUGAAUUUAUCCACAACAGGGCUACAUCUGUCCAUCUGAACAUACAACCAAAGUCAAUUUUUAUUAAUGAAAAUUCCGACUGGAAAUUGUCAGGCUUAGGUCAUCUAAUAAAACUACCGCAAGGCACAAAUACAUCCGAAUAUUUUCUGCCACAAUAUGAUCCAAGAAUACCGCAAUUCAUGAUAUUGAAUCUCAACUAUACAGCUCCAGAAAUUGUUUUUGAAAAUACCAUAUCCUGUAAGAAUGACUAUUUUUCAUUAGGGCUAUUGAUCAACUUCCUCUACAGUGGAAAAAAUGAUAUUAUCAAUGCUGAAAAUUCAUCGAGUCAAUAUAGAAGUGAGUAUACAAAAUUUGAAAGAAAAAUCAGUACCAUGUCUUGGGAUAACUGCUUCAAUAAAUUACCUUCAAAAUUACAACAAUUAAUGCCCAAAUUGAUGAAUAGAGAUAUAUAUUCUCGUUAUGACAACAUUACUGAAUUUUUAGAUAGUGAGUUUUUCCAAGAUCCACUUCUCAAAACAAUAAAUUUCUUGGAUGACCUUCCAACAAAAUCGACUGAAGAGAAGCUAGUCUUCCUGGAAGGUUUAAUUCAACUAUUACCACAAUUUCCUGCAACACUUCUGCAAAGAAAAUUUCUACCGAUUUUAUUAGAAUUGUUAUCUCAGUUAUGUAGUGAUAAAAUUACAGAUAGUCGAUGCAUUUCUAAAGAUCUAGAAAUUAUUCUUACUGUUGGAUCAAAUUUAUCGCAAUUAACAUUUCAAGAGAAGGUGUUCCCGACUCUAAACCAAAAGGACAGAUUUAAAAUUCUUUUGGAAAAUGCUACUGUUACAUUAAUUGAUAAUCUGGAAAUUUUGAAGGAAAAGAUCAAAAAGUCUUCUUUUCUUGACAAUAUUUUAAUCCCCAUUAUGAAUUAUGUUUUAGACAAGCUUGAAGGAGAGAAUGCGGUAAUGCCACAGGAGAAAUUAUUGUUCCAGGUGGAUAUACUUCUUGAAACUCUUGAUUUCCCCUCAGUAAAAAAGAUAUUUUUACCAUUACUAUCCAAGCUUUUCACUAAGACGACAAGUUUAACUGUGAAGACUUCGUGUGUUGGUUGCUUUGAGACGUUAGUUAAGAAGAAGGCUAUUGAUGGUUAUACAUGCAGCGAAGAAGUGUUACCGCUAUUUAGAGUUAUGAAAACUAGAGAUCCCAGGAUACUUUCAAAAUCGUUCGAACUAUUCGAAUGUACUCCAACGAUAAUUAAGGACGAGGUUGUCUUAGUAGAACAACUAUUACCUUUAAUGUGGAAUUAUUCAAUGGCUUCAACAUUGAGAGUGAGCGAAUAUAACAAAUUUACCACGUCGAUCAAUAAGUUAACCAGUGAUAUCCAACGUCAACAUGUGGCAAAAUUGAACAAUAAAGGAGAUGAUUUAGAAUCCAUGAAUUCAUCAAAAGCCUUCAAUAAGAUUAUUGAAUCUCAACCUGUUGCAAAACCAAAGGAUCUUGAUAAUGAUGCUAGUAAAAAACUUGGAAUCCCAGCAAUUCAACCUACCAGAAAGACAUCAUCACCUGUAGGUAACACUAAGCCUUCAAUUCUUACUCCUAAACCGCGAUCAACAACCUUCAACGCUACUCCAUCGGGCCCUGUCGCACAACCUAGACAGUCUAUAUUAACACCAAGGAAAACCGCCGGAGCAAAGCCACUGGUAUUUACAAAAGGUGUAGCAAAUACAUCCAAGAGAGCUACAACAACCAGUGAGCAAGCAUCUAAUUCCUACGACGACUUUGCAGAUUUCGUAUCUAGUCCGUCCCCAAGUUUAGCUCCGGCACCCGUGCAAGAGACUAUAACGACGAAGAACAUAUCGGAUGUAACACGCAACGACAAAUCUCUCCCGCCAGGGUUCUCUGCCUCAUUAUUACAGCCUAACAGGAAAGCCUAA